GAACAGAGACAGGCAAAACACAAGAGCUUGCAAUAUGAAGACAUUCUUAAGGAGCCCUGCACUGUUCAGUUCGUUACUCCUAGUGUUAAUCCUGAUGCUCUCAACCAAGAAUUCAGCCCAUGGCAGGGCAGUAGGGCCUCAACUCAACAAAGGGAGAAGUUCAGAGCAGAAAACGAGGGAUGACUGCCCAACCGAAAUAGACUCCCUGUUCCCUACAAGUGUGGAAGUCAGCAUCAACAUCAGCAACACGAACGAUACUACCAAAAUGGCUCAGGAUGUCAAUCUCCGGUCUUUGUCUCCCUGGAAUUACAGCUUCACCAAGGAUCCCAACCGGUUCCCCCAGGUGAUCAUCGAGGCCAAAUGCCGCCACUACAGCUGUGUGGACUCCACAGGCCGGGAAGACUACCGCAUGAACUCUGUCCCCAUUCGGCAGGAGAUCCUGGUCCUCCGACGGAAGCUGAGGGACUGUCAGUAUGUCUACCGCCUGGAGAAACAGCUCAUCACUGUGGGCUGCACCUGCGUGAUGCCCCUCAUCCAACACCAAUCCUGAGAGAAGCCAGUAGGGCAGGAAGAAUUUGUCAUCCAAGUGGUCACCACGGGGCUCAUAAAGCCUAGCCAAACUCCUGUUGGAAAGAGUUGGACCCUCCCUCUUGACUUUAAUAGGAAUUCAGCCAGGCCUUUAUGAUUAGCCAGAGUCAAACAGAGCAAAUCCAAAGAAAAAGCAUUAAAACCCCAUUAAAAUUGUAGGGAGACAUGUUAUAUUUUUGCAUCUCUGCUUACAUCAUCUAAUUUAUAUAAUUCUAUUUAUAUCACAGUAAUUGCUGGGAGGCGGGAUAAUGUAUCUGUGCUGUUGGGUUUUUUUUUAAUUUAUGCAUGUGAAAUAAAGAUUUGGUGAAUAAAGUCAGCUGUUGGGUUGGUUUUUUUAAGUUUUUCUCCUGAUCUUAGAAAAAAAUCAGGUUAAAUAUAAUAUCACACCAAUUAAAUAGCAUGGAUGAUGUAGGCUACCUACUCAAGUAGCCUAAUAAAUGAAUACUGUUUGUAUCAUGGUUUGCAAGGCAGAGGAAAUGCUCCAUUUUUUAAACUAUACACAUUAAAGGUACUUAAGCCGAGUUCUAGUUAAAAACUUUAACUCAGGUGUGGUAAUAUUAACUCAGGUGAACAUUCGCUCAUAUUUGGAAAUGGCUAACCGUGAAGUGUUGGGUGCACAGCCAACAUGCUCCAGAAAGCUAGAAUGUGUUUUAGGAAUCUGAA